AUGGCAAAGGGGGGUCUUCGUCGGUCUUGGAAGGCGAGGGAGGAUCUUCGUCGGUCUUGGAAGGCGACGGCGAGUCUUCUCGCUCGUCGUUCAUUGGUGCAUGUUCCUGACGUUGCAGCGACGGCGGAGGAUGGCCUCCGUCGGUUCGCCUUCGGCGAUGCUUACCACCCCGACACAGUACGUGCCGCCCUCGCCGAGUUCGUCGCCACCGCCAUCUUCGUCUUCGCCGCCGAGGGCUCCGUCCUCUCCCUCGGGAAGAUGUUGACGGACACAACCACCGCCGGGGGUUUGUUCUCGGUGGCAUCGCGGCACGCUUCUCGCCCUCUUUGUUGCCGUCUCCGUCGCCUCAACGUCUCCGGACACAUAAACCCUGCGGUCACUUUCGGCGCUCUCGGCGGCCGAUCCCCUUCGUCGCGUGCGGUCCUCUACUGGUUGGCUCAGCUCCGCGCUAUACUAGCUUCCCUCCUCUUGAGGAUCGCUACGGGAGGCAUGAGGCCGGUUGGAUUCUCGGUCGCAUCCGGAGUUGGCGUCUGGCACGCCGUCCUGCUCGAAGUCGUGCUAACAUUCGGGCUCAUGUACACGGUCUACGCCACGGCGAUCGACCGAAGAGAGGGGCUCGGGACGAUCGCGGCUGCUCGCCCUCGAUUCUCUCCUCGGGCGAAUCGUUUUGGCCGGGGUCCCUUCGAUGGGGGCCUAGCGAUGAAUCCGGCGAGGGCUUUUGGGCCUGCGCUAGUGGGCUGGAGGUGGAGGCACCACUGGGUUUAUUGGGUUGGGCCUUUUGUUGGUGCCGGGCUCGCUGGGCUUGUUUACGAGUUCAUUAUGAUACCGCAGGCUGAGGCUCCGCUUGCUCAUCAGUCCUUGCGUCCUGAAGAUUACUAG